UUCGCAGAGACGCUUGGUACGGAAAUUAAAAGCGUUCAUACACACGGAUGAAACGUUGAAAGUGUUAUUUUAAUUUCUUAGAAAACAAGGAGGCGAGAAACAGCACAAUGUCACAAAUAAGCCAACAAAGAUUGAUUGAGAUGGAGGCUGAAAUGGACAGAUUUGAACAAGAGAUUCUGUCGGAGCCUUCGGCCAGUGACCUGCCUCGUGUUGUCAUUGGCUCUAACACAUACCACCAGGUGUCAGCACAGUUGAAAAUGCUUCGAGCUCAGUCGGGUAUGUCUGCAGAGGAAAGACAGAGAAAACAACAAGAAGUAGCUGAACAGCUGAAAGCCCUGCGAGCCAGCACGGAAUCUAUGAGCAGUAGAAGACGUAUGCCUGAGGAGGAGGAGGAUGAAGAUGAUGAUGAUGAUUAUGGUGAUGAAGGGGACAAGUACAGUAUUGUUGGUCGCCAUGAACCACCAGCCAAGAAGCCAGCAGUCGAUUCCAGUUUCCCAAUACUGCAACCACCACCUCCACCACCACCUGCAAUCACUUCCACUCCGUCCUUCAUGCCUCCACAGCUGCGUCACAGGGCCCCACCUCCACCUCCAAGCAGACAUCCCACACAAGGUCCACCCAGAAUGAGACCUCCACCACCACAUGCCAGACCUCCAUUUGGAGGCCCAAUGGGGCCUGGGCCGGGCCCAAUGCCAGGUCCUCCACAUGGAUUUCACCCUGGGCCACCAAUGGGUCCGGGGCCGAUGUCAGGACCUGGGCCAGGACAUAUGAGAGGACCUCCACCAAUGGGUAUGAGGCCAGGAUUUGGUAUGCAUGGGCCGAGGCCAAUGGUUGGCCCCCCAGGACCUGGAAUGUAUGGAGUCAGUCAUGGAGAAUCUCGCACAGAGGCAGAUCAUGUGAAAGAAGAAGAGGAAAAAGAAGAUGAUAAACCUAAAGUGAUAUACUCCUCUGCUCCUGUUAUAAAUGUACAGAAGAAGGAAAAGAAGAAGAAGAAAAAGAAGAAAAAUGAAGAAGGAGACAAAGUCACGUCUGCAGGCACUUCAGGUGCCACAUCCGAUGUACAGACUUCAGAGGAGAGUAAACCGGUUUAUACUGUUACCAUGCCAACAAAGCCUCUACCAGAACCGGAAGAUGAUUUACAUGUUGCUGAUAUGGACAUUGAUAAUCAAUUUAUGUCAAAUAAAAAAGAAAAAAAGGAAAAGAAGAAAAAGUUUAUACGCAUGGCUGCAGGAACCACAUGGGAGGAUCCAUCACUCGGCGAGUGGGACCCAGAUGAUUUUCGGUUAUUCUGUGGUGACCUGGGUAAUGAAGUGACAGAUGAAGUGUUAGCCAGAGCUUUCAGUAAAUAUUCCUCAUUCGUAAAGGCCAAAGUAGUAAGAGACAAAAGGUCAAAUAAAACUAAAGGCUAUGGUUUUGUCAGCUUUAAAGAUCCAACAGAUUAUGUUCGAGCAAUGAGAGAAAUGAAUGGUAAAUAUGUUGGAAACAGACCAAUAAAACUUAGAAAAAGUAACUGGAAAGAACGAAACAUAGAUCUUGUGAAGAAGAAAGAAAAGGAGAAAAAGAGACUUGGGCUGAGAUGAUGCAUCUAGACAAGAUUUAAGAAAUUAUUGCAAUACAAGUUUUAAAUACAGUUAUGAAAAAUAGUAAAAGGUGCAUACAUACACAGUACAAGAUGAAAAGGAACACUGUGGGAAAGAAGUGUCUAUGCUAGACUGAAACUUGAAAGUUAUCUUGACUUUAGAAGCAUUAGAUAAUUGAAAGCAAUUCUUUUACUAGUAUAUAAAACCCAGUUAAAGGGAUGAGUGAAUGGCCCAAAUGCUGUUCAAAAACAAAUUGUUGAAAAGGAAACUGACAAGCCUCUGUAGUUUUUCAGUCUAAAUAAAUUGUGAUUGAAAUGUU